GCAUAGGCGUAGGCACCUUUUCAGCUCAGCUCUAGACUUAGCUCUUGAUUGGCUUUCGUUCUAUUCUUCUAUUUGACCACUGUCUGUAUGUUGCCUGAUAAGUGUACUUUUUAUUAGGCAUCAAAUAUGACAGGUAUGAAACGAAAAAAUAGAAGUCUCAAAGAACAACGCAACAUCGGCACAAGUUGUAGACAUAUCAAGCUUGACCACAUAUCAUGACUAAGCAUAUCAUAUGCAAUAUUCCUCUGGGGACCAUCUUAGAAACCAAAUCCUUGGAUAUUACAGAAUGGGCUACCCCCUACCGGUACCGCCUCCUUAGCUGUGACGACUUCACCCAGCACAAGCAGUUGACCAUUCUCGAAUUCAAUGAUUUCCCAGAAGUUCCCUAUGCGACUUUAUCCUAUGUCUGGAAAGGCAACAUCCCCGAUGCGGACUUUGCAGAUCCAACUUUCAACGUCCCCGCCCGGAAAAAAGAAGACGAAGGUGAUCCUAUUGGAGACAAAGUGCUACACGACACAUGCAUGGUGUGCGCUGCCCGAGAGAUCAAAUAUCUCUGGCUCGAUCGUCUCUGUGUUCUGCAAAUGAGCGAAGAUGAUAAGAAGUGGCAAAUACCUCGAAUGCAUGAUAUCUAUCGUCGUUGUCAGAUAUGCAUCGUCGUGCCCGGGGGUCUUCAGUUCCUUGUCCGACUCGACGAAGUGACCCAAUGGAUCCAUCGUGGUUGGACGUUGCAGGAAGCGGUGGCGCCUCCAGUCGUCCUCGUCUUAUUCUCUUGGAAACUCGGCUCGCGUAGGGCCUACGCAGGCGAUACGCAAGGGAAUAUUGAUGCGGUUCCGAAUGGCCCUACCCCGUCUAGGUCCGCGACCACAUCUCUAUCGCUCAUCGUCGAUGCUUGCACUACCGGAACUCUUUCUAUCGAAAAAGGCGAGACACGCCUGCCGCUAGAAGUCAAACUGUUCAGCUCGCACGCCGCCGACAGAUCCUACAAGGACUUCCCGUUCUGGAACGAAACUCGCAGGGUCCUUUCUCCCAACGUCGGCGCCCUAGCCCGUAUCAUGUCACCAGAGCUCGACCAGGAUGAGAAAGACCAUUCGAUCUGGCAGAGCGCGCUUAUGCGCACUUCCUCUCGGCCGGUCGACAUGGUCUUCAGCAUCAUGGGCCUCUUUGGAGUUACGCUAGAUACAUCAAAGUUUAAUAAGAAUGACCGCGUUAAAGCUACGAUAGCGCUUGCGCGGGAGAUAAUGGCUAAAGGAGGGCGAGCAACUUGGCUUGCCGCUGCUAUCCGCGUGCAGCCAUCACAACAAAUCUCGACCUUUCCCUUGUUUCCUCGUACUUCCGUAUCUGGGAAGGCAUUCGUAAAAGUAAGGGACGCCAAAGGGGUGCAGGAAGUGUCAUCGAUGAUGGACAACGAGUAUCCCAUUGCAAAAGCCCUCGAUCAGCUGCCCAAGGGUUCGAUGGACGAAGAAGGAUAUUUCAUAUUCUCUCCAAAGGCCAUCUCUAUUCGGCCUCUUCUAUCGAGUCCUACCAAACCGUAUUCCGACUUUGCCAAGCCAGAAUAUUUCCAAGCUGUUGACAAGUCGUGGUGGGAGGUCGAGGAGAGCAUCACUAGCAUCCAGGGGGAAUCGUUUGCUGUGCUCAUAGGCUUUUUCGUAGGUUAUUAUCCCGGGAGUACGCCUGCUGUCAACAAGCACAAUAUCCGGGCUGCAAUUAUAAAAAAGCAUGCGACUGACAGGUUCCACGUACAAUCCUAUGUAUGUUUUAGUCAUGAAGCGCGGUCCUGGGUUAAAACGUGGCCCAAACAGACGUUCCGCGUUGGGGGACCGGCAGUGAAUAUUGUUGAGGACCUCGGAGAGAACAUGCCAGUUAUCUCUAUUGCCAAAGAGCAAUACCUGAAUAACCCUGGGAGUUCACUGCCAAGCUCCAGUACCCGUUUGGAAGAUCAAGUCUCUCGCGGUGCUCGAUGGGCUAUUCCGCAGAAGGCAUUAGAGCAGCACAUCGGUGGGUGAGUUUAUGGAAGAGCUGGAGAUGAAUUGCUGGAAUUUAUCGUUAGUCAAUCGACUAUCCAAAAUUUUCGUUAAAGCCAAAUACCCUGAGAUUCCGACGGGACAUACCUAGGUAUAUCUUCUAACUUGAAAUGCCACCUGGUCGUAAACCCUGCUACCGCCUUAUGACAACCUACCUUGACCUCGUCGCUGUCACAGCUAAUGUCAUGAGGGCAUAUCAACC